GAAGGGGAGUGAAGGAGAAUGAAGGGGAGUGAAGGAGAAUGAAGAGGAGUGAAGAGGAGUAAUAAUCUCCAUCUUAAUACAUCUCUCACAUCCUCCUCUUUCCUCCUAGCCCAUUUCAACAAACCAACUUUUAUUCCCCACCCCCUUAGUAACCCUCAAUGCCGACCAACAUCCUAACCAUAAAGCAUGUACCAUUUGUGCCGCUGUCCCUCAUCAAACAACACUUCUCCUUGUUCUACCCAUGCACCGUAUCACACUCAACCAACAAAAUAACAAUCACGUACAAAGCACCCCAACACGCCUUAUACACCCGUAAAGUGCUCACCAACACAACGCUUAACAAUCAUGCCGUUACAUUCAUUCUCAAGAGCAAGGCACGGGUGUACGUGAAGGAGAGUGAUGAGAGAAUGGCGUAUGAUCGUGCGAGUAAGUAUGGAGAGUGUGUGGUGGGAAGGAAGGGGAGAGGGUGUGUGGUUACGUUUGAACGGUUUAAGAGUGCGGAUGAGUUUGUGAUGAAUGAUGGGGGAGAGUAUGCGUUUAAGAGUGGUAAUGAGAGGUGGGGCAGUGUAUCGGACAGGGAGGAGGAAGAAAUGAGCGAUGAUUUGGUGCACGAGGUGUAAAAAUGGUAAGGUAAGGGUGUAGGAGUAGAUGUGUGAAUUGGUGAGUAGGUAAAUCAACAGUACCAAUUUAUCUGAAAAAUAACAUGAACGGUGUCCUGCUGGGAUAGAAAAUAUUGGCAGUGCUAAUAGGGAGUGUUUUGAUUGAUGAGUGCGUGCGAUAAGGUAGGACAUACCGGUACAAUUUGGUCGUGGUAAUGCUACUCGUAACACAUUACAUCACCAGUAAGAAUGAGCACUUCAAUAAAUGAAUACGUUAAUACAAGCACAGUAAUUUUAUUGUAUUCAUACCACCAAGACCUAACAACACUCAAAUCACUGUUAAUACCUGUUAAAAUACUACCACUCAUGUAAACACAGAAUAAUACGUUUGAAUUACACCGCUCAUAAAACACGA